GAGUGUUCCAUCGUCCGACUGACUCGGCCCUGCUGCUAUAGUGGAUCCGCGAGUGGCUGAUGAGACUGUCGAGGAGGCCGGUUCGUUGAAUCGAGAGGUGUCAGUCAUGGUCAAUGGACGCGACACUGGACAGGACUGGACUGGACCAGUUUGGCCCAAAGACGUGGAGUGGAGGGGCAUCGGAGCCCCGGAUGUCCCAUUGAUUAUCGAAGCAGACAUAUGAUAUAUCCGCUGAGACGAAUAAUGGAUCGGACGACACUUCUCUCGCUGGAACCUCGUCAUACUGCACUGGACUGGACUGGACUGGAAACAGUCUAUGGGCCGCGGCCGCCCAGUUCUGUUCUUCAGCUAGGCAGCUUUAUCAUUAUGUACGGAGGAAUUCCGCCGAGAAACUUGCCCAGCCCGGGUGGAAUGCCCCACCAUGACCAUGCGGACCACCUGCAUCAAUCCAUUCAAUCCAUUCAAUCAAUCCAUCAAUCAAUUCAAUCAAUCAAUCAAUCAAAUCCAUCAAUCAAUUCAAAUCAAUUCAAUCCAUCACCUGGGCGGACCCGCACACACACACGCACGCAUGUGAACAUCGUCAUGGGCUGGCUGGCUGGCUAUUCAUCAUCAUCAUUCCUCGCCCAACAGUCAGACAGUAGUGAUGUCUCUAGGAUUUUUAUUCUUCUUUCGUCCUCAUCGCAGUAUCUACAGUUAUCGUUGAGAUGUACAGGAUAUGAUACGAGGCUGCAUACAUCAUAUGUAUACGUAUAUAGUAAUGCAUGAAUAUUGGCCGUGAGUGAAAGAAUAAUAACGCGAGUGCGGCGCCAUUUCAUCAUCUUCCAGCGAU